CUGUCCUAUCAGUUGCCGCCGGGAGAGUUGGCCUCUGUUUUGGGGUGGCGAGGGCCCGUUAAGUACCGUAUCCAGACCAUUCCCCAACCCCCACCCCGGGAGGAGCCGCGGAGGGGAGAGCGUCGCACCCACCGGCUUGAGGAAGAGUCUCCCGGGAAAGCCUAGAAACACGUUUCCCGCCCUGGACCCGGAACCACCUCCCCUCCAGUUACAUACCCGUGCGCACUGGCAACCAGCGGGUCAGGGGGUGCCCGGACUUGCCCUUUUCUGGGGCCGAAGACUGUUUACCAAAGAGGGCUCCCCGAGUUGGGAGGGGGCGUGUCCAGCAGAAGUUCCUUCUGGGCGAGUGGGGGGAGACGUGGGUUUGGUGACCAUCCCGGGAAUGUAGCGACAGUCAAGUUAGCGACAGUCUAACCCGACCGCUAACUCACUGUAUGACCUUGAGCAACUCCCAGUCUCUGGACAUAAAGUUUCUAGAUUUGUAGACUGAAAGGGCUGCUCUAGGUGAUCCCUGAGAGCCUCUACAAUUGAAAAAAGCAGUGAUUUGGCUAAGUGGAUCUUUGUGAUUUUGAAGGGCGUGCAGCUGGGAGUUGCUUGUGACGUGGAGGCAGUUGUAUGCCUGCUUUGUGUAAGUUUGGGAGGGCUUCAGAUGGGUAGAAUGGCCCUUUGGCCUAACCUUUCCUUCCGGGACAGCCUAGCGAAGAAGUAGCCUGGCAAGUCUUUAGAGGAUUGUCCUCUGGACGAAGAUGAAGAUGCCUUUCAGGGCUUGGGAGAGGAAGAUGAAGAGAUUGAUCAAUUCAAUGAUGAUACGUUUGGGUCAGGUGCAGUUGAUGAUGACUGGCAGGAAGCACAUGAGCGCCUGGCUGAACUGGAAGAGAAGCUCCCAGCGGCAGUUAAUGAACAAACGGGCAAUGGAGAAAGGGAUGAGAUGGACUUGCUGGGUGACCAUGAGGAGAAUCUGGCAGAAAGGCUCAGUAAGAUGGUGAUUGAGAAUGAGCUAGAAGAUCCAGCUAUCAUGAGGGCAGUGCAGACCAGGCCAGUCCUGCAACCCCAACCAGGGAGUCUCAAUUCCAGCAUCUGGGAUGGAUCAGAAGUUCUGAGGCGAAUCCGAGGACCACUGCUAACUCAGGAAAUGCCUACAGUGUCUGUAUUAGAAUAUGCCCUGCCUCAGAGGCCCCCACAGGGCCCAGAAGAUGAUCGGGACCUUUCUGAGCGUGCUUUGCCGCGGCGGUCCACGUCACCUGUCAUCGGGAGCCCUCCUGUUAGAGCCGUCCCCAUAGGCACCCCACCUAAGCAGAUGGCUGUACCCAGCUUCAGCCAACAGAUCCUGUGUCCGAAGCCUGUCCAUGUCCGGCCCCCGAUGCCACCGCGCUAUCCUGCUCCCUACAGUGAGAGGGCGUCCCCAAACCAGCUCUGCAGUGUCCCGAACUCUUCCCUGCUGGGUCACCCUUUCCCUCCUAGUGUUCCUCCUGUCCUCAGCCCCCUCCAGAGAGCACAGCUUCUGGGAGGAGCACAGCUGCCGCCUGGACGGAUGUCUCCCAGCCAGUUUGCACGGGUUCCUGGAUUUGUUGGUAGCCCGCUUGCCGCCAUGAAUCCCAAGUUGCUGCAAGGGCGAGUGGGGCAGGUGCUGCCCCCAGCGCCGGGCUUCCGUGCCUUCUUUAGUGCUGCACCCCCCGCCCCACCGCCUCCCCAGCAGCACUCCCCCGGCCCAGGGCCUCACCUGCAAAACCUAAGGUCUCAGGCCCCGAUGUUUAGACCAGACACAACUCACCUCCAUCCCCAGCACCGUCGGCUCUUGCAUCAGAGGCAGCAGCAGAACAGAAAUCAGCAUCGGAGUCUUAACGGUGCGGGAGAUAGAGGAAGUCACCGGAGCAGCCAUCAGGACCAUCUCCGAAAGGACCCCUACGCCAACCUCAUGCUGCAGCGAGAGAAAGACUGGGUCUCUAAAAUCCAGAUGAUGCAGCUACAGAGCACUGACCCCUACCUGGACGAUUUUUAUUACCAGAAUUACUUUGAAAAACUGGAGAAACUGUCAGCUGCUGAAGAAGUGCAAGGUGAAGGCCCUAAAAAGGAGCGUACCAAGCUCAUUACCCCUCAGGUGGCCAAACUGGAGCACGCCUAUAAGCCAGUGCAGUUUGAGGGCUCUCUGGGAAAGCUCACUGUCUCUAGUGUGAAUAAUCCCCGAAAGAUGAUCGAUGCUGUUGUGACAUCUCGGAGUGAGGAUGACGAGACGAAAGAAAAACAGGUUCGGGACAAGAGACGAAAAACCCUGGUCAUAAUUGAGAAAACCUACAGUUUACUCCUUGAUGUGGAAGAUUAUGAAAGGCGGUAUCUCCUAAGUCUAGAAGAAGAGCGACCUGCCCUGGCGGAUGAAAGAAAGCACAAAAUUUGUUGCAUGUAUGACAACUUAAGGGGGAAAUUGCCUGGACAAGAGAGGCCAAGUGAUGACCACUUUGUACAGAUCAUGUGUAUCCGAAAAGGGAAGAGAAUGGUUGCCCGUAUUCUUCCUUUCCUCUCCACAGAGCAAGCAGCUGACAUUCUCAUGACAACAGCCAGGAAUCUCCCUUUCCUUAUCAAGAAGGAUGCCCAAGAUGAGGUGCUGCCAUGCUUACUGAGUCCCUUCUCCCUCCUGCUCUAUCACCUUCCAUCAGUGACUGUCACCAGCCUUCUGCAACAGCUAAUGAACCUACCUCAGAGCGCAGCCGCGCCAGCGCCCUCUAACCCUCACCUCGCUGCUGUGCUCCAGAACAAGUUUGGCCUGUCACUGCUCCUCGUCAUCCUGAGCCGUGGGGAAGACCUACAGAGUUCAGAGCCUGCUACAGAAUCCACACAGAACAACCAGUGGACAGAGGUGAUGUUCAUGGCGACCCGAGAACUUCUGCGGAUUCCCCAAGCAGCCCUGGCCAAGCCAAUCUCAAUACCGACAAACCUGGUAUCCCUCUUUUCUCGCUAUGUUGACCGACAGAAACUGAACUUGCUGGAAACAAAGCUGCAGCUAGUUCAGGGGAUACGAUAAAAGAUCUCCAAAUGUGUCCUGUACCUCCUUUUGGCUGCCACCUGCACUGCCGCCAUCACAAUGGAGUGUUUUUAAAUGAGGGAGGGAAGGUAGCUUAUUCCCCAAAGCGUCUUGCGGGACUGAUUCCUGUUGGCAGGGGUCGUCUCUGAAUGCCAGGUAUUUUUCCCCACUGCUCUGUGAAAUUUGGCUGGGUGACCCUUCUGGUUUUUUCUUACCUUCUGUGUUACAAUUCUGCAUGUCCUGCUGUCCCUCAAGUCUUCUCAAUUGUGCAUUUUCUUUGCCCUAGAGACACAAGUAUAAUCUCUCCCUUUGUCCCACCACCACCGCUCCAGGUCACAGUAGACUGUAGCCUGCCAGAGGGUUCCUUCCCUCAUCCUAUCAAAGUCUUCUUUCGUUGCCCCAUAUUAAUACGACUAUAGGAGAACCAAUUAAGUAGAAACCAAUAUAUACAUAUAUGCGCGCACGCCCCCUCUGCACGCGUUCGUGUGGUCUCCAGAGGAUCCGUAAAGAAAGAGAUUUAGAUUGAGAAAUACGUAGUUGACACGUCCCUCCUCUAAAAACAAACCAGCUGAUGUAUUUUUAAUCUGUUUCUAGUCUAUCCUGUAAUUAAUUUGGUGGGUUCUACUUGUUUUAAUAUAAACGCAGGGUAUGCAGCACGUUAAUAAAAUCAGAACUCUUAAUUGGCUGACACCCAGCUCUAGGCUGAGAAGUCCUGUCUCUCGUCCCCGCUGUACUUCCUCGGUGUCUGUCCACCUCAGUGAAAACGUACACGGUUAAGCCCUUUUCCGGCUACAACGGCAGCGCCCUGGGGCCUGUCCCCUCUACGACCUGCAGGGUUGCCCCCGAUGAACCGGACGAGGGCCUGCUUCCGCAGCGUAGCGUUUGCACACUCGCUCUGUCUUCCUGAGACAAUUUCAGUAAGCCAUGCUUUUACUUCCCUCGUCCCCAUUCUGAUUUGGUGUCGGGGGUAGCAACCUCCAGCGGUAGCCACGGAAGCGGAGUUCGGCUUGCUUUGCUCUGCGGGCUCCUCCACGCCACGGACACACCUGCUGUCCUUCCCCCUUCACCUCCAGGCCCCUGCUCCCAGGCAGCCAGGGGCCUGGCUCUGCGUCCCGGCAGGGACAGCCCCCCGCGGUCCUUUGCACCUGUCCCUGUCCCGCGCAGCAGCCACACAGGAUGAGGGGUUUGAUCCCGAGUGAUCUCAGCCCUCAAGGCAGUUAAAUCAGAGCCUGUUUCUCAUGACUGUCCUGAUACACUUUUUGCUCUUCUCACCUUUUCAAAUGUUAGUGAGGGGACAGGUUAUGAUAUUUAAAGAGAAUCAACAUUUUGCACAUACAUGUAUUGUACAACCAGAAAGCCCUCCGUUGUAACCGGCUGUCCUCACUCUCCAUCUGUCUGUCCCCGUUCCGUAGCCCCGGCCCCACCAGCUGCUCCGCGGUGACAUGACCUAGCUUCCCUCUGCCCUCACCUACUGACUGUUUCCACCAUGCGCCUCUCCUCCCUUCCCCUCACAACUGAUCAAGUGAAUACUUGACUAUUAUUUCUUCCUUUCUGUGCUUUCUCUUUUUUGUUUGGUUCUAAUUAAUAAAAAUUAAAGUUUCUAAAUUUA